AUGUCUUCUGCGUCCGAUCCCUCUCCCUCUCCAAAAUACACUUACACGCCCUUUCCUCAAUCGAAAAUCGUACAUCCACUUCGACCAUAUUACGUCCCUCCAAAUACAGAUUACUAUUAUACACCCGGCUCUAAUGCUAUAGCCAAUAAUCAAUCGGAACAAAAUAAACUUGUUGAUGAAGAGACUCACAGUGCGCUGAAGGAAUUAGGCAGUUUUGCUUUGGUCAAAUAUGUCAGCACAGCAAUAUCCAACCCAUUUGAAGUAUCAAAGACUUUGUUACAAGUCCAGUAUCUACCUAAUGAAGACGUUGUGCCCGUUGUUCGUGAAAACAAUCUAGAGUCUGAUGAUGAGUCUUCAGAUGAAAACUUGUCAGAUUUUGAUCAGGAAGGCAGAUCUACAAAGCCACAGCUUGAUCCAACUUCACCAGCAUUUAGAAAGAGGAAGACAUCAGACAAACAAGGAUAUCUAUUAAACACAUCCAUAUAUGAUGAGUCAACAAGACCCGCUUACAUGUUACCACCAUUAGAUGACGGUGUGUGGGGUACUAUAAGCAUCCUAACGAAACACAAAACAGAAGGUUGGAAAUCCUUGUGGAAAGGACAAUUCACUGGCUGGCUGUAUGAUAUGGCACAUCUCUUCUUUCAACCUACCAUCGAAGGAAUCUUAAAUGAUGCAUUCGAUCUGUAUGAUGAUACGAUUCCGUUAGUCUAUUUGGACAAAGUCGGACCUAAUCUUGCUACACUUGUUGCUAGUCAUAUAGUCGUUGGUGUACUAUUGAGUCCAUUAGAGGUGGCUAGGACAAGGCUCAUAGUCCAGACAUCAUCUCCAAGUCAGAGGAAAUAUAAAGGACUCUUUGAUUGUCUUCGCCAGAUGAUAAAAGAGGAGGGUUUAUCCUCUUUAUACUGGGGUCAUAACCUUCUUCCUUCCAUCGUCUAUCAUGCCAUUGACCCACUUUUGGAAAAUAGCAUUCCAAUUCUAAUUGACCGUAUUUUCCACAUAUCAGCUAGCGAUUCACCCCUUAUUUAUGGAACCGUCCAACUGUUGCUCAAUACUGUUCAGCUGAUGAUUACUCUUCCGAUCGAAACGAUCCGUAAAAGACUUCACUGUCAAGUACGAUCUCGUGUGCCUGGAAAAAGAUUCGAAACCGUUGUACAGACACGCCAAGCACCGUACGUUGGUAUGCUGGACUGUGGAUAUAGAAUUAUCGUGGAAGAGGGUAUAAGCCAGAGGAAGAUGCCCAAACGUGGUAAUGCUCCGAAACGUCACUUGCAACGAAAGCAGACGAGUUGGUUAGAUAAUUAUGGAAUUCGUGGUUUAUAUAACGGAUUUUCGAUGCAUUUCACAGCCAACCUACUGAUGUUUGUCGUGCAAGCUGUCAAUGGCGGCGAUGAUGACUUUGAGGAUAUUUGA